AUGGAGGGUUCUUCAGAAGAUGGGGAUCAUGCUGGAAAGAGGCUCCUGGCUCCUCAGGGGCUCUGCCUUCUGUCUCUCUCUCCCCCGAAAAUGGUUCUGAAGCAGAGACCCAGAGAGAUCUUUGGCUACAAGACCCAAGGCUUCCGGAGGGCCCUGUGCCUGGUUGGGUCCAUCCUGUCCUGCGGAGGCCUCCUGCUUCUCUUCCACUGGAAACCGGAGUGGGACGUGUGGGCGAACUGCCUGCCCUGCAGCUUGGAGGAGGCCAACGUGGUGCUGCUCAGAAGUACAGAUGAGAGCAAAAGGUAUGCUCGGAAGAAGGUGAUCUGGCUUGACUUUCAGAAUCUUUUGGGCAGUGAAAAAUUGGAUUACAGCUUCAGCCCAGACAAGCAUUCAGUCCUAAGCAGAGCCAUAAAGAUGCCCGAGACGAAAGGGAGGUAUAUCCAGGUACAAAAAAUCCGCUAUCUCUGGGAUUUUUCUGAGAAGGAGUUUGCCCGAGUUGGGUCACUGGAGGAUGACAACACUUGCUAUGAAAUACAUCGCAGAUUUGGAGAUGGCCUGGGGAGUGGGGAAAAGGCUCUCAGGAGUUUGGUGUGUGGCCCCAACACCAUUGAGAUCGAAAUCCGUCCCAUCUGGAAGCUGCUUUUUAAAGAGAUCCUGAACCCCUUCUACGUCUUCCAAGCCUUCACGCUGGCCCUCUGGCUCAGCCAGGGCUACAUCGAGUUCUCCGUGGCCAUCAUCAUCCUCUCUGUUAUCUCCAUCUCCCUCACUGUGUAUGACCUUCGGCAGCAAUCCCUCAAGCUGCACAACCUGGUGAAGGAGCACAACCGGGUCCAAGUCACAGUCUGGGCGAAAGGCGAAGGGAGCCGCACCUCGGAGUCCUGCCACUUAGUCCCGGGCGACCUCCUCCUGUUGGAGGGCCAGCGGUUCUCCCUGCCCUGCGACGCCAUCCUGUUGGAGGGGAGCUGCGUGGUCAACGAGGGGAUGCUCACCGGUGAAAGUGUCCCGGUCACGAAGAGCCCCCUGCCUCACACCGACAACACCCUGCCCUGGAAAGUGUACGGGAUGGGGGAUUACCGGCGGCACGUCCUCUUCUGUGGCACGGAGGUGAUCCAGACCAGGCGAGCAGGCCCGGGGCCUGUCCAGGCCGUUGUGCUGCAAACUGGCUUCCGUACUGCCAAGGGAGACCUGGUGAGGUCCAUCCUCUACCCAAAGCCACUCAGCUUCAGGCUGUACCGAGAAGCCUUCCAGUUCGUCGUGUGCCUGGCUGUGAUUGGGAUCUUGGGGCUGAUCUACGCAACCUGCGUGUACGUGACCCGGAAGCGACCCACAUCAGACACGGUGGCCAUGGCUCUCCUGCUCCUGACCAUCGCCGUCCCACCGGCCAUCCCAGCAGCCUUGACCACCAGCAUUGUCUAUGCCCAGCGGAGGCUUACCAAGAAGAAGAUUUUCUGCAUUAGUCCCCAGAGGAUCAACAUCUGCGGUCAAAUCAACUUGGUGUGCUUUGAUAAGACAGGCACCCUAACCGAGGAUGGGCUGGAUCUCUGGGGCGUUGUUCCUUGCCAAAACAAGAGCUUCCAGAGUGUGCACAGCUUCUCAGGGCCCCCUUUGCCCUGGGGGCCGUUAUGCAGAGCCAUGGCAACUUGCCAUUCCCUGUUGCUGCUGGAUGGGAAGAUCCAGGGAGAUCCGCUGGACCUGAAGAUGUUUGAGGGCACAAACUGGGAAAUGGAAGACCACCAACCGGAAAACAGCAGAACCAGCCUACCCGAAUUGUGCAUCAUUGUGAAACCAGGCCCUGCCGCUUCCCCGGCCCCCGUGGAAGGCAUCGUAAUCCUGCAUCAGUUCCCCUUUUCCUCCUCCUUGCUGAGAAUGUCCGUCAUCACGCAAGAACUUGGGAAGAGCGGGUACGAGCUCUACCUGAAGGGAGCGCCAGAGACGGUGGCCAGCUUUUGUGAAGGACUUACUGUUCCAACCAACUUCCAGGCUGAGCUGAAACACUUCACGGCUCAGGGCUUCCGGGUCAUCGGCUUGGCCCACAAGACGCUCGUCCUUCCUGACGGAGUGGCCUUCAGUGACCUGGAAAGAGAAGGGGUGGAGUCCGGCCUGGCCUUCCUGGGCCUCCUGGUGAUGGAGAACCGCCUGAAGAGGGAGACGACGGCCGUCCUGCAGGAGCUCAGUGGCGCUCGCAUCCGGAGUGUGAUGGUCACAGGUGACAACCUUCAGACGGCCAUCACCGUGGCCAGGAGCUCCGGGAUGCUUCCCAGCGCCAGCCAGGUGGUCCUGGUGGAUGCCCGUGAGCCCGAGGAUUCCAGCCCAGCAUCCGUGACUUGGCAGCUGCUGGAGGAGGAGGUGUCCUUAACUCCAGGCAAAGAUGAGGCCCCCUAUAUUACCCUAGAGGACUGCAGCCCAAAAGAGGGGGGCGGCAGCUUCCACUUCGUCUUGAGUGGGGCAUCCUAUCAGAUCCUCAGCAAGUACUUCGGCAGCCUGCUGCCCAAGGUACUUGUGAACGGAACGGUCUUUGCCCGGAUGUCUCCAGCACAGAAGUCAAGCCUUGUGGAAGAAUUUCAGAAACUUGAUUACUACGUGGCCAUGUGUGGGGAUGGAGCCAAUGACUGUGGGGCCCUGAAAAUGGCGCACGCGGGGAUCUCCCUUUCUGAGCAGGAGGCCUCAGUGGCUUCCCCCUUCACGUCCCAAAUCCCCAACAUCGAGUGUGUGCCGGCACUGAUAAGGGAGGGCCGGGCCUCUCUGGUGGCCUCCUUUGCGGUGUUUAAAUAUCUGACCCUUUACGGUAUGGUCCAGUUCAUCGCUGCCUGCCUGCUCUUCUGGCAAUUACAGAUUUUGGGGAAUUACCAGUACCUGAUCCAAGAUGUCUGCAUCACCCUUGUGGUUUGCCUGACAAUGAGCCUGACCCACGCCUACCCCAAACUGGCCCCCUACCGGCCCCCCGGGAGGCUCCUCUCCCCACCGCUGCUGCUGUCCAUCCUCUUCAAUGUGGGCCUGACCAUCCUUGUCCUGGCCUUUGGCUUCUUCUACGUGAAACAGCAGGCUUGGUACUCGCGGCUGCGUGGCCACUGUGGGUGCCCUUCGGGAAACCAGCCUGCCUGCCCAGGCAACGGGACGGCCAAUGCCACAGCACAGGAGCACGGCGUUUUGAGCUACGAGACCACCACCCUUUGGCCCCUCGUGACCGUUGGCUCCAUCAUCAUGGCCUUUGUCUUCUCCAAGGGGAAGCCAUUCAGGAAGCCCAUCUACACCAACUAUAUCUUUUCUGGCAUGCUGUGCCUCCAACUGGCGGUCUCCCUUUUCCUCUUCUUUGCUGACCUUGAAGUCAUCUACAAGAAGAUGGAGCUUCUCUGCACCCCCACCAUCUGGAGGGCCUAUGUUCUGCUUAUGCUGCUGGUCACCUUCCUGGUCUCAUUCCUGGUGGAGGAUGGCAUCCUGCAGAACCGGCGGCUCUGGCUGCUGAUCAAGGCGCUCUUCCGAUUCCGCUCUUCCAGCCGCUACCGCGUGCUGCAGCGGCAGCUGGAAGGGGAUGCAAUGUGGCCCCCCCUAAACGGGCGAGACUUGGCCGAAGACGGAAGCAGCCAGGCCUACUGCAACCCCGCCUACGAGCCGGAGGAGGCCCCCGGCUACCUGGGAAGCUGCGCCGGGAGAGCCAGCGGCGGCCGCGUGCAGCCAGAGGGGAGCAGCCCCGCGGGCGGCGCCCCCGAGGAUCAGCAAACGCCGGAGCCCCCUGGUUGGCACCCAGCCCGCUCGGAAGGGACGUCCCCCGGUCGCUUGUGCCCUCGUCAAGGAGGAGACUGGUCCGAGGUCUCCGUUCGUCUCUAA